UGGCACAACUUUAAUGAAGAAGGCCACAAGUCCCCUAAAGCAUAUCAAAAGCCCUAUAAAGUAGACCACAAGUUCUUUGAACUAGACCAAAAACCUCGUAAAGCAUACCACAAGUUUAUAAAGAAGACCCCAAGUUUCAUGAACUAGAACACGAGUCUCAUAAGACAUAUAAUAAAUUUUGUAAAAGCACACCACAAUUCUUAUUAACCAUACUAUAAAUUUAUUAAAGUGUCUAAUUAUGCAAAACUAGAGGGUGUGUUCGAGUCGACACAACGACUUUUGAGGGGAAAGAGGACGAGGAUGGCGAACCUCCAAAGAGUUGACUGGGAAGAGAGCAAAUCGGCGGUCUUAUGAGAACAACAUCUUUCGUGGUCGCCUUGACGAAAUCAGUAUUCCAAGUCGCGAGAAACUCGUCGGAGGUUGAUUGGAGCGUCACCUUUGUCUCCAGAUGCUUCGUUGCCUUUUUCUUCCAAUUUCGAUGCCGACUGUGGUUCUCGUCGAUUGGUCGGUCAGAGAAGGUCGUUGAUGAAGGGAAACGGUGGUCCUCUGGCUCCAGGAGCUCGAUUGGAGGUGUUGGGAAGAGUUUCCCAGCAACAGCAGAUGGGAAACGAUUUUGGUAUGUGAAGUGACAAUGGGGAACUAGAUCUGGAAGUUUUAAAAUCGGAUUUUGGUUUUUUUCGGGCUAAGGAGAGGGGGUUGGUCUUCUUCUUGGUGGCGGGUGGCAAAGGAGAGGGGUUUCCAGGGGUCAUGGGUCGGGUUAGAGGUUGGGUUGGAUGUUUAUGACAUGGUGGGUCGGGUCUAAGUUUUUUUGGGUUAAAAUUUGCCGACUAGGCGAUUCUGUUAGCCACAUCAACAAAAAACUGACGGUGUUAACCAAGUUGGACGAAAACUAACGGAGAGUGACCAAACAUGACAUGUUUUACUAGACUUAGUGACCAUUCUGCUCUUCUUAACUGUGUCUGGCUGGCUCUCUGCCUCUUUCCUUCCCUCCUCCCUGCUUCUUCUUAACUGCCAAACCGAAAUCAAUCAGCCUGGCUCGCCCACACCCAUCUCAUCCAGCCGUCCAUUCCUUCGUUCCCAUCGCGAAAAAAAAAAACUUCACCUAAGAAGUAGCGCCCAACAACCAUAACUCAACCCCCAACCAUUUUCUCGCUCUUCCCCCCCCCCCCCCCCCCCCCCCCCCCCCCCCCCCCUCCCUCCUGUGAAUGAAUUGCAUCCUUGGUGUUUGACAAAAUUCCAAAACCAACUGACGAUCUGCCCAAAGCUCCUCCGUCCUCUCUGGCAUUGCUUCUUAAUCCCCUCUCCCUCUCUUCUCCCCCUUUUCAAACCUCAGUCCUGUCAUCUCCCCCUGCGACCUCCUCUGCUGCUGCUUCUUCAUGGUGAAUCUCUUCUUCUUCUCCUCCUCCUCCUCCUCCUCCUUUUUUACUCGCCUCCCAACUUCUCCGUGUUUGUAUUUGUGGUCGCGGCGGAUUCUGCUUGACCUGAUUCAGCUUGGUGCAUGCUUGAAUCUGUUUUCAAUUCUUAAGAAUGGAGUACCCCCGGCAUUUCUUGCUUUGCUUCAUUGGGUUCUGAAUGAAUGUGAUUCUUUGCAUUCGACCAGCUUCAGGAAGCUUUUUCAGCCGCCAUAAGCAAGCUGGUUUUUUUUUUUUUUUUGCCCCUGCCGAGAAUAAUGAAUGAAUGACGUUGUGCUUUUCACAGAUUCGAAUUUCGUGACAGCGGUUGCUUAUUUAUAUAUAGCUUGGUGGGAAUCGUUAACUAGCUGCGGACUUGAUCGGAGCGGUGACUCUGGAGUUGGGGAGAAUGGCUACCUUACCGCAUUCUCCAGCUGCACUCACCGGGCCGAAGGCUUCGGAUCUUCUCCGGAGCUCCACCAGUGUUGCCUCCGGUAUCCCUUUGAGAACCCUAGGGAGAGCGCAGUUGGCAGGUUCCAGCUCCAAAGCUAGGGACUUGUCGAUUGUUGCCAAGGUUAGAAAGGUUAAGAAGCAUGAGUAUCCAUGGCCUGAUGAUCCGGAUCCCAAUGUCAAGGGUGGAGUUCUUUCUCACCUCUCACAUUUCAAGCCUAUGAAAGAGAGGCCAAAGCCUGUGACUUUGGAUUUCGAGAAGCCACUUGUUGAUCUAGAAAGGAAGAUCAUUGAUGUGAGGAAGAUGGCAAAUGAUACUGGUUUGGACUUUACUGAUCAGAUUGUCUCGUUAGAGAAUAAAUAUCAACAGGCCCUGAAGGAUUUGUAUACCCAUUUGACCCCUAUACAACGUGUAAACAUUGCAAGACAUCCUAACAGGCCCACUUUCCUCGAUCAUGUUUUUAGCAUCACAGAAAAGUUUGUGGAGCUUCAUGGAGAUCGAGCAGGUUAUGAUGAUCCUGCUAUUGUAACUGGGAUAGGAACUAUAGAUGGUAAAAGAUACAUGUUCAUGGGCCACCAAAAGGGUAGAAACACUAAAGAGAAUAUCAUGCGCAACUUCGGGAUGCCCACACCUCAUGGUUAUAGGAAGGCUCUACGAAUGAUGUAUUAUGCAGAUCACCAUGGCUUCCCCAUUAUCACUUUUAUUGAUACACCUGGAGCAUUUGCAGACCUCAAAUCCGAGGAGCUAGGCCAAGGUGAAGCAAUUGCUCACAACUUGAGGACCAUGUUUGGUCUAAAGGUACCAAUAAUUUCAAUUGUUAUUGGUGAGGGUGGCUCUGGUGGUGCUCUGGCCAUAGGCUGUUCUAAUAAAUUAUUGAUGCUUGAAAAUGCCGUCUUCUAUGUUGCAAGUCCAGAAGCAUGUGCUGCGAUUUUGUGGAAGACUGCCAAAGCUUCUCCAAAGGCUGCUGAGAAGCUGAAGAUUACUGCUAAUGAAUUGUGCAAGCUGCAGAUUUGCGAUGGGAUAAUACCUGAACCACUUGGGGGUGCACAUGCAGAUCCCUCGUGGACCUCACAACAGAUAAAGAAAGCAAUUAAUGAAUCUAUGAAUGAGCUCACCAAGCUGGACACAGAAAAUUUACUAAAACAUCGUAAUCUCAAGUUCCGGAAACUCGGUGGGUUUCAAGAGGGCAUUGCUAUCGAACCCAAGAGAAAGGUCAACAUGAAGAAGAAAGAAGAAUUCGUUUCAGGAAAGAUCCCAGUUAUGGAAUUAGAGACCGAGGUUGACAAGGUGAAGAAGCAAAUUUUCAAAGCUAUGGAGUCAUCACCUGGCACCAAGCCCUCAGAAUUAGCUCUGGAUGAGAUGAUAACAAAACUGAAGCGGGAGGUUGAUCUCGAAUUCUCUGAAGCUAUUAAUUCCAUCGGCCUUGGGGACCGGAUCUCGAUGUUGAGGGAUGAAUUCAGGAAAUCAAACUCAGAACAACAGCUCAUGCAUCCGUCACUGAUGGACAAGAUUGAGAAACUGAAAAAUGAGUUUGAUCAAGGCCUUUCUACUGCACCAAAUUUUGGGAACCUCAAGUAUAAGCUCGAUAUGUUGAAUGAGUUCUCUAAAGUGAAGAGCAUCUCGGAGAAGAACAAUAAGGCUCAGGAACUGAAACAGGAAAUGAACAAGAAGCUGAAAGAGAUCAUCAUGGGUAGGCCUGAGAGAAAGGAGAAGAUUGAAGAACUGAAGGCAGAGAUUCAAAGGCUCCGUGCUUCUGGGAUUGAGAAUCCUGACCGGGAGACCAAAGAGAGGAUUGCCAGGAUGAAAAGAGAGAUAGAUGUGGAAUUGGCAAAUGAUCUCAAGUCCUUGGGGUUCGAUGUUGAGGUUGUAAAACCAAGUGCAAAAGAAGUUGGUGACGAGCAAGUUUCUCUCCCAGAGCUGAAGGCGAAGGUUGAAACUCUGAAGGAAGAAACUAACAAGAAGAUUGAAGAUGCAAUCAACUCGCCAGAUAUUAAAAACAUGUUCCAGUUGCUGAAAGUGGAGGUAGCAAAGGCAGGAACUACACCUGAUGCAGCUACCAGAAGUAAGAUUGAAUCUCUAGAAAACCAAAUUAAGCAGAGAGUGGCUGCUUCUGUCAGCUCUCCUGAUCUGAAGGAGAAGCAUGUUCAGCUGAGUGAAGAGGUUUCCAAAACGGUGGAGUCUCUCGGAGGGUCGGAUGGCAGUUUUGAAGUUGCUGAUCAGAACAACAAUGGUUCCCCGCAUGAUGAUUCUAUGGUGAAGUUUAACUAUCGUGCCAACCGAGUAUAAAAAUACUGAAGACUUGAGCACAGUACCAGAUGGCUUUCCAACAGAACUUUCGACCUUCAUGUUCACACCAAGAGCUGUUCUUCAGUUCUUGUAGGGUUACGACCGCCUGACAGAGAGUGGCACGAGGUUUUUGCUCUUCCAUGGAAAUAUGAGAUCGACAUAGCCAUUAGCAUGGUUUUCGUGUUAGUUUUUUUGUUGUGUUCUUUCCCCUCUUGAAGAUGAGAGUUUGCUAUUGAUGUUUAUAAUUCGACUGAAACCCUUUUGUUAUGGAGUCCAGUUGAGUUAAUUUUAUUAUUUGUUUUCAUUACUAUUUUGCUGAAGAUCUGGCCAAGUAGAAACAUACUUUGGUUUUAUAUACACUGGUGCUGAGCGGCUUCAGAAGUUAGCUGGCCGACUUCCGCCUUUCCGUAAUAAAAGAACCACAAAUCU